AUGCAAGUCGGACCCUGGACUCCAGCCAUCUGGCUCUUGGCAACACUCUCGCAUGCCUCUCCAAUUCAAGUCGACCUCAGAGAGGUGGCUAAAAGCACGAAAGCCCUCGAUGAGCGGCAAUCCUUCGACUUGACCGCCCUAACCUACUCGCCAUUUAAGACUACCUCGAUUGACACGCCAAAAGCCAAGUGUAGCGCGACGAUGUGGUUGGCGAAUGACUUCGUCAACACGCGGGUCUGUCUGUCGCAAAGCUGGGAAUGCACCUUCGUGGACCCCAACACCACUGUCUUCUCGGUCAUCGGAAAGAGCGUGUCGCAGACGAUGACAUGCGAGGGUGGCCGGGGCCAGUCGUCCAUGAGCUGCAUCAGUGCCAAGAUAUGUGAGCAUGGGAUAGUACCGAGCUAUUGGGGCAUCGACAUCUACACGAAGUGA